AUGGAUUUAACAAAAGAUAAUAUUGUUAAAAUAGCUAAUAGUCUUUGUUUAAAUGAUCUUAAGAAUCUUAUGCCAUAUGAUAAGAUUUAUAAUUAUAAGAACAAUGAUAUAUAUGAAGCUGAAUUAUUUGAUAUGAAAAAUAUUAAGAAAAAAGAUAUAUAUUCUUGUUUUUGUCUUGUCAAAGAAAAUUUAGAAGAAAUGUACAAGAAAUCAUCUUUUGGAUGGUCAUCCAAGAGAAAACUUAAAGAAAUGAAAGCAAAGAAUACAAAAUAUAUUAUUAUUAGAAAAGAAAAGAAACAAGAUAUCAUUGGAUUUUUAAGUUGUCAAUUUGUAACUGAAGCAGGUGAACAUGUUAUUUAUUGUUAUGAAAUACAAGUUCUACAAGCAUAUCGUGGAUUUGGUAUUGGAUAUAAUCUUAUGAAAAUAAUGGAAAAUUUGGGUCUAAAACUGGGUUUUAGAAAAGCUAUGUUAACUGUAUUUAAUUGCAAUAAAAUUGCAUUGAGUUUUUAUGAAAAAAUGGGGUAA